AUGACAAGCGAAAACGGCAAGCGCAAGGCCACCGAGGAGCCGGGGUCGCCCUCGGCAGCGAAGCGCAUUAAGCAGGAACCGAGUGAGACCGACAAGGACAAGAAGGAGGAGAACAAGGACAAGAAGACCGUCGCAAAACCGCCGCCGAUCCCGUACCCCGAGAAGCCGGCCGUUAUUGAGGAGCGUAAUGGCGAGAUCGAGUUCCGGGUCGUCAACAAUGACGGCGAGCGCGAGAGCCUCAUCAUCUUGACCGGCCUCAAGUGUAUCUUCCAGAAGCAGCUGCCUAAGAUGCCCAAGGACUACAUUGCCCGGUUGGUUUAUGAUCGUACACACCUAUCGAUCGCCAUUGUCAAGAAGCCGCUCGAGGUGGUGGGCGGCAUCACGUACCGGCCGUUCAAGAACCGCAAGUUUGCCGAGAUUGUCUUCUGCGCUAUCUCGUCCGAUCAGCAAGUCAAGGGUUAUGGCGCACACCUCAUGUCGCAUCUCAAGGACUACGUCAAGGCAACGACCAAUAUCGAGCACUUCCUAACAUACGCCGACAAUUACGCCAUCGGCUAUUUCAAGAAGCAGGGCUUCACAAAGGAGAUCACGCUCGACAAAUCCGUCUGGAUGGGCUACAUCAAGGACUACGAGGGCGGCACAAUCAUGCAGUGCACCAUGAUCCCGCGCAUCCGGUACCUCGAACAAGGCCGGAUGCUCCUCAAGCAAAAGGAAUGCGUCCAAGCCAAGAUCCGCGCCUUCUCCAAAUCCCACAUCGUCCACCCGCCGCCGAAGCAAUGGCGCAAUGGCAACGUAACCCCCAUCGAUCCUCUCUCGAUCGACGCAAUCCGCGAAUCCGGCUGGUCCCCCGACAUGGACGAACUCGCACGCCAACCCCGUCACGGUCCCAAUUACAACCAACUCCUACACCUGCUCAACGACAUGCAAAACCACGCCAGCAGCUGGCCCUUCCUCGUCCCUGUCAACAAGGACGAAGUCGUCGACUAUUACGACAUCAUCAAGGAGCCGAUGGACCUGUCCACAAUGGAGAGCAAGCUCGAAGCGGACCAGUACCAGACGCCCGAAGAUUUCAUCAGGGACGCGAAGCUCAUCUUCGACAACUGCCGCAAGUACAACAACGAGAACACACCCUACGCCAAGUCCGCCAACAAGCUGGAGAAGUUCAUGUGGCAGCAGAUUCGUCAGAUCCCCGAGUGGUCGCACCUGGAGCCGUCUUAG